AAUAUAUCAAGACCGAUUUUAUCGCUUAGUCAUAUGGAGACUUGUUAAGGAUCGUUUACUUCUGAAGCAAGAACUGCAACUAGACGUUUGUUGUGAAACGAUCAUGGCCCAGCCUCAUGCAUUUCUCAUCCUUUUGUCAGUGCUUUUGCCGUCGGUGACAUCAAAGAUGGCCCAAAGAGAAGUCCGCCAUUGCAAAUAUCCUUCAGCCGGCUCUUGCAAACAGAAGUGUGACAUCCACGAGAAUUGCAAAAUGUCAUGUCCCAACCUUAACAAACCAUGUGAUCAACUUUGUGAAAAUGGCCCGUGUGAUAUGAGUUGCGUUACGCAAGACGGUUGCUAUCAGGAACAGUGGUGUGAUAUCUUCGCGCCGCAAACCUGUGGAACGGUGCGCUGCACAACAACAAACUGUACACAGGCAUGCGAUGAUGGUGCGUGCAACUUGACCUGUCAAGCGCGUUCACACUGCAAGCAGUCAUGCCAGGAUGGAUCGUGUAAAAUGAGAUGUCCGAACGGGCGUCACUGUGAUCAGGACUGCAUUGGUGGUAACUGUCAAGCCCUCUGUAAAGCCAAGGAGAGAUGCGUCCAAAACUGUUUCGAAGGACGCUGUCCAAUGAGGUGUGUCUCGGAUCAGUGUCAACAGUCAUGUCAAAUGGGAGAAUGCUCUUUGAAAUGCAGAACUAUCAACGACUGUGAGCAGCAGUGCUCGUCCGACUGCCCUCUGGUGAGCUGCCGCAGUAAAGAGGGCUCUUGUAAACAGCUGGGAUUCGGUGGAAGGAAGAUGAUCAUGCGAGCCAAAACUAUUGGCUACCAGGAAUGCCACGGUGGUAACUGCCAGCAAAAGUGCACGACAGAUUUAAGAUGCUACCAGCAUUGCGGGGGAAGCUGCAAUCAAGAGUGCAACACCGGCAAAAUAUGUUACCAGUAUUGUACCAUCGAUGGUAGCUGUGACCAAGUAUGUAACUCCAACAAAUGCGUGCAGAAAUGUGGUCAAGGAAGAAACUGCAACAUGACUUGCAGAGCGAUGUGGCAAUGCGAGCAGCAAUGUCCUCAAGGUGGUUGUCAAGGGGUCUGCAAUUCACCUUCGUGCUUUCAGCUUUGUGAUUUAGGUGGCUGUUCUUUCGAAUGCAAUGGACCUCACUGCCAUCAAAAUUGCUCGGGGGGCGGCUGUACAUUGAGUUGCCCUUUGGGCGCAAAAUCGUGUGUGCAGCACUGUCCGGCUCAAAACUGUAGCAUAACAAGAACCACGGCGGAGGAAAAUGGUUACUUUAUGGCUAAAAGCUCGUCAGACGAUAACGGGAUCCUCUUUAACAGAUUUAAAAAGACGGCAAACCAUGGCAGUGUUUGGUUGCCCUUUUCUUUAAACUUCAUGAACGCUAUCGCCUUCUACGCGGUGUGGGUUGUAUUAACUUAUUGAUUGAGAGCAGUUUACAAUAGUGUCAAAAAUCAAAUACAAAAAUAAUCCGAGCAGAGGUUUACAUUUUAUUAGCCAAUGAAAUCCUAAAAUGAAAACAAGCAAACUGUUAGAAGCGCGGGAAAACUUGGAUGACCAAGCCGCCAUUGUUGUUAGUUCUGCAUCUUAUUGUUUGAGGGGAAAGCGCGAGCUUUUUUAAGACUAAUCACGGAGCAAAAGAAAGACGCGCUUUAUUUUCGACAUUUAAGGUGGCUAAACACAGUUUUCGCGCGCGCACAAGGACUGCAAAAGACAAACAUGCCGUCAAUAGAGCGGUCAUUUUAU